GGGAGAAAAGCCCAACAUGUUGUAUAAUGAUGUUUAAAUCUUGUUGUAUAACUCAAAAUGAGAGAAAAGAUAUAACAUUAGUCAAAGCUUCGAGAAGGUUCGUGUAGCGUUCUGGUUUAAGUGGUUAAAUAAUUCGGACAAAAUUAGUCACACAAAUUUACACCCACACACCCACACCCACGCACAAACACAAACACACAAACACACACACACAUAGACAGGCAGACUCAGGGGUAUUUAUGUGUGAUGUCGGUGCUACAGCAGCUUACUGCACACUCAGCCAAUGAGCAGGUGUGAUACACAGUGAUCCACUCCACCUGAUGGAGAUUGUCUGGAGGAUAACAGACCGGUCCUGAGUCACACCUCUCUCCGUCAGAAGAGUCUGAGCUGCCAGCAAACACCGUGUGGAAGAGGAACCUCAUCUUUGUGUCGACAGGAUAAAUAAAUAAUGUCUGGGCUGCAGAAGCUCCCCCUCACAGCAGCUCUCUGCCUGCUGCUCCUCGUCACGCUGUUACCCAGCUCCGAGGCCCGCCGAGGUUUUGGAGGCGGUGGCUUCGGCAGAGGUGGAAGCUUCGGCCGAGGUGGAAGCUUCGGCCGGGGCCAGGCCUACAGACCGGUCCAGAGCGGCGGCCCCAGCGCGGGGAAGAUAGCCGGGGCAGCCGCAGUAGGAGCCAUAGGAGGAUCGAUGAUCGGGUCAGCCAUGAGCCGCCCCGGAUACGGCGGAGGAUUAGGUGGGGGGUAUGGAGGAUAUGGAGGAGGAUAUGGAGGAGGAUAUGGAGGAGGAUAUGGAGGGGGUUAUGGCUACCCACGGUACGGAGUGGGUGGAGGCUACGGCUCCAGGCCCGGCUACGAAUCAGAAGGCUCUGGAGACAUGGAGUACUACACUGGAGCGUCCAGCGGCCCCAUCUACAACAGCAUCAUCGUAGUCAUCGGCUCCCUGAUGUCCCUGCUGAUGGGCCACUGGGCCGCAGUCAUGUAGAGCUGGAGACCGAGCUGGGAUCCAAAAACACACACAGGUCCAAACAAACCCUGACUGAAAACAACCCUCAACCUGACAGAACGCAGUCUAGGGCCCUUAAAAUAUGACCCCUGAAUGAGGGAAUGAUGAAUAAAUGAGGCCAAUUUGUUUCCCCUUUACUCUGCAGUGACCGUCUUUGAGAACAGGAGGGAUUUGACCCGUUUAACCUCCACAAUAUAUAUUUUUUUAUACUUUUGAUGAUUGUUCACUAUCUAGUGAAGAUAGAACAGAUUGGAUGUGUAAUUAGGGUUAAGUCUACCUCAAGUCAUGUUAGGACCAGAGUUUAAGAGCAGCUAUGAUAAUGCCAUUUCUCAGUAUAUUUCAUUAUAAAUUCAUAUUUUAGACACUUUCAUUUUAUUUCAUAUUCUCCAACUGUAUAUUACACUGUAUAUUCAAGUGUUACAUACACGGUUUUUAUGUAAAAAAGGAAA